GCUGAGCAUCCCCACCACGAAGAGCACAUCUCGCUGGUCUGGUCGUCUCGACUUUCUCUCUCUUUUUCAGUUGAAACUCAACACGUGCUUGUUUGGGGUCUGAUUUAUGUGGUCUGUCUCUCUUGCUCUAAAAAAAGGGAGGAAUCGCCCAAUAAAUAAAGUAAAGUGACCGUCACGUCAUAAAUAAGAAAGUUGUGAAGAAGGAGAGUUUUGUGGGGUGAAAUGUAAGUAAGUAAACGGGAAGGGAAGGGACCAACAAGUUGGCUAUAAAUUUAGUGGUGUGGUCUGCCUGUGGUGGUGUGUGUGGAUGUGUUUGGAGAUAGGUUUUGGGUGAAAGUGAGAUGGAUUUGGGAAGAGAGGGAGGAAAAUUGGGCAGUUCGGGGGUGAAAGCUAAGUAAUUUUUGGGAGAAAAGAACGGGGUAAAGUUGGGAUUUUAAUGGGUAGUGUACAACUUUCAGGUUGAAAUGAAUCCGACUUAUUGAGAGAAAGUGAAGUUGUGUGGGAUGAGAUUGUGUCCAGUUUUGUGGCGACUUUCACCCUGAAACUGUGCUAUUUCUUGAGAGAAAGGUGUCUCAGAUGGUGUCAAGUUUUUGUAUCAACUUUCACCCCAAAACGGUGCGACUUAUUAGCACAAAGUGAAAUUCGGUCUCAGAUUGUUGCCCUUUUUGUAUCAACUUUCACCCCGAAACCCUUCAACUUAUUGAGAGAAAGUGAAACCGGGUCGUCUCAGAUUGUGCCUGUCCCUGUUUUGUGUGAACUUUCACCCCAAAACCUUAUGACUUACGGAAAGCAACUUAAAUUCGGUCUCAGAUUGUGCCCAUAUCAACUUUCACCCCGAAAUCCUUGCCACUUACUGGGAGAAAAGUGUCUCAAAUUGUUCCCCACCAACUUUCACCCUGAAAUGCAACCUUUCCCGUGAACUUGUGCUCCCUAAUUUUCCUCCCCAAUUUUUGUUACAUUACUUCCUUUCUCCUCGGUGAAAGCUCGAGCAGUUAAUCAGUUAACUGCUGCUGCCGUGCAGUAACUCUACUUUUGGCGUAAUGAUUGACCGUGUGGCCGUGACUUGUUCACCCACUUGGCCACGAUCACUUCUCCACCAUUCGUCCUCAAGUCCGGCGUCGUCCUCGGUCUUAACGUCGGUCGAGAGCAUGGAUUCCUUGGAGGGGUUUGACUCCUCUGAAUCCGGCUUUAUCGCGACACGACCCUCCAUCGCGGAUUUUAUGGCGGCCGUCCCCAACCUGGGGGAGCAUCAUAAUAAUAAUAAUAACAUCGCCGGUGGGAAUCAUGUCAACUCGACGAGUCCGGCAACGCCAAAUUCGCUAUUUUGUGGUCAAGGUGGCAACAUCGGUGGUUCGGCGACGCAGCCAAAUAACGCGACCGGAAAUACCAGUUCUACCAAUGGUAUGAUGAAUAUGAACAGUUUUAAGAAAAAAUUAGAGUAUCCGUGGAUGAAAGAGAAAAAGACGACGCGGAAGAACAACCACCAAGAGAAUGGACUUCCCCGUCGCCUUCGGACAGCUUACACGAACACGCAACUGCUCGAGUUAGAGAAGGAGUUUCACUUUAACAAAUAUCUCUGUCGACCCAGACGGAUCGAAAUUGCGGCAUCGCUAGACCUCUCGGAACGACAGGUCAAGGUCUGGUUUCAAAACCGCCGCAUGAAACACAAACGACAAACCGUGACGAAAAGUGGGGACGAAGACGACACGAAAGAUGGAAAAUCCUCCUCCUCCAAAGAAAAGAAAUCUUCCUCCUCCCUCCUCGAAGACAAAUCCGGCACACCCUCCUCCUCCCCCUCCCUCUCCUCCCCGGACGGCCUCCUGGAUAAGAAAAGUUGUCAAAGUUGUGAUCUCACCCAACCCAUCGCCCAGCCCUCCUCCUCGUCGCCAUCGACCACGUCCACCUCCACGCCCACCUCCCUCACCACGACGACGCCAUCAACCACCUCCACUCCUCCCAAUAAGAAACAAACCGCCGCCGCGAAGGCGAAAGCGGCUGCAAAAAAUUCGCAACUCAUGAACAAUCAACUCCUCCUCGCCCCCCUGGACGGCAGCGAAAAUAAUAACUCGUCCUACUACAAGGACAAUAAUAACUCUUUACAACACCACAUUUUGACGAAGGAUGACACGACCGGCUGCCACCCAAAACUGGAAAAGGUCGAUUUGUACGAUUACGACAAUAAUAACGCCUCCAUGAACAGUUUGACGUUGGGGGUCGAAAAAGAGAUGAAAUACGGAGCUACGACGUGUGGCAAGAAUAACGCGGCGAUUUCUGGGCUAAGUUCUAACCUGGCGAAAUUGGGGACCGGUGGCGGUGGGGGGAGUAAUAAGAAGGGGAAAAAUAAUUCAGCAAAUCUACACCCAGGAAGUUCACAUGGCAUGGAUUAUACGAGAUUCAAUGGGGGCACGGUCCUCAAAGGGACGCUGUUGCAGGAUACUUCAAAUUCUUCGUACUCUUCGAAUGGGGGAGGAAGAUCGGGGUCGUCGUCCAUUUAUGGGAUGGGACGUGCCUCUAAAAAUAAUGGGAUAACUACUAAUCAGUUGGGAGGUGACCACCAUUCGACGAGAUAUCCCAUCAGUGGAGAUUCGAUAAGUGGUGGUGGUGGGGCAUCGUACGGUCAGUAUUAUCCGACCUCUGGCAGUUCCUCAUCCUCCUCACCGUACAACAAUCCAUACUCAACGGGAGGAGGACAACAAUCUUCUAUCGUGUCGAAUAACACGUAUGGCAGCGGAGGAAAUACCGAGAUCCCCAUCCGAGACCACACUUCCGGUUAUGGCACCACCACCUACCCCACCACCCAGUACCACCACCAACCUCAACAACACCACCUCACGGGAGGAUACUCCUCCUCCCCCGGUAACAAUUCCUCUCCGUACGGUGCCACGUUAUCCUCCUCGACGUCGUCAUCCUCAUCGUCAUCAUACUCUCACCAGCAACAGCAGCAGCAAUACUCGUCCACCUCUUCGACAUAUCCGCAUCAUCAAGCAGGAGGUUACCCGUCUCCUUCGCCGUAUACGUCACCCACUUCCGGUGGGCCAACUUCCGGUCCUUUCUCCUCAACUGCCACCGCAGGAACAGCGGGAACGACACCGCUCGUCGAUGGUGGUGGCGUCGUUGUCGACGCCGCCGGAUUCUACGACCAGAUUUCCGCCUCCUCCUCCUCCGUUCCUGUUAUCCCGACCGGAAGUGGGGGCGAUUAUUAUGGUGAAGAUGACGUAAAUUACGGGGGUGGUCACCACCACCCACACGCGGCGUCCUCGUACCACCACAAUUCUUCCAACGACUACGUCACGUCGAGUUAUCAUCAUCAACAGCAACACCACCAUCAAGGUCAUCAUCAAAAUCCAUACUUUAAUCCCGACGUGGGUGCCGAUUCGUCCGGUGACCUCAAUUUCUUGUCAAACAUCUCGAGCGACUAUGCCCCCGAGUAUUAUCAACUGAGCUAAAUAGCUUAUUUUUUCGAGUAAUAAUGAAAAUAGCAAUAAUUCAACUGGCAAAAGACAGAUAACAAAUCCGAGUAAAAAUUAAUUAAUGGCACGUAUUUAAGAUAGUUAAAUGAAGGAAUCACUGCAAUAUUCGUAUUAUUUGUAAGGUAGCUAUAUAUUUAAAAUAGACAUGGAAUUUCAUGGAGUUUCAUGAAAUUUCAUGAAAUACAUUCAUACGUAACAAAAAUCAGUACUUGUGAAUUUAACGGUAAUUCAAUAAACCAAAGGUUAGGCUAAAAGAAAAGCUUUGUAACACCCGUGUAAAAUUGACUUAAUGGUCUCAUAAUUAAGUAAUGAAUUAAGCAGUUAACUAUUUACUUAAUUAAAGAUACUUAUACUUUAUAUAUAGAUAUGCAAAAUAGGUGGAAAAAGUCUUGGAAAAAUUGUAAUAAUUUAAAAAAUGUACUGGAGUGGAUGCUGCUAAAUGUGUAGCUUUUUUGAAAAAAAUGGAAACGUAAAAUGUUUCUUUUUGCUAUUUUUUAGUUCCUACUUAUAUAACCGCAAAAGUAUUUAAGAGGCAGUAGAAUAUGCAAAAGGAUGGCUGGAUGGCAUUAUUUAUUAAUCAGCUAAAUAACGCUAAAUGCAUAAAUACGAGUGAGUACACAAUCAGAAAUGAGUGAAUAAUAAAUAAGUAAGAAAACUGAAAUUUCUUUUUUUUA